AUGGCAACUUAUUCUCUCACGACCAAGUUGGUUGCAUCUUCAAAAUAUAUCCUCUCGAAAGUUCAAAGAUGCGUCUCAUACGGCGUUAGCUUUUCUCAUUUGGAUACCUUCUCCCCCGAAUAUCGAAUUUCCCUCUCUGGAGCACACAAUGUACUGAUCAUCCAGCCAGUUAUUCGUCAUGCCCCUCUGCGUCGUGAACUGGACCUAAACUCUAGUCUGAGUCGCCUCACACCGGGCGGAGCCCUUGUUAGCCAGUUGACAAAGGGCCCGGAUGAAAAAGAAGCUGCAUCCCUGAUCGACUCAGUCGGUGGAUGGAGCGUUGGAAAAGUGGUUUCUGUUAACUUGCGCUCUCAUGGUCCAGGAAGGGGUCAGUUUUUCACGAAAGGCGUCUGGCAGAGUCUUACUCAGACGGUGAGAAAACAUCUUCAACAGACGGGAGAAGGCGACGAUGAUUAUAACUCUGAAUUGCCAAUAACGGCUGUGUUUGUGAACUGGAAGCGUCUGCACGCGGAGCAUCUGAUUGAAAUGCAGCGUGCCUGGAGUUGUCCAGUUUUUGACAGGUACACCCUCGUCAUUCUACUCUUCCUCCAGCGUUCUCGAACUCGUGAAGCAAAGGCGCAGGCCCAGUUAGCAGAACUCAGUCUUGUUCGUAGUCGUCUGAUGGCUAUCACAGCCUGUGAUCCUCAACAGGCUCGCAAUCAAGAACGGCGACUUCAGACCAUACUCAAGGAGGAGGCUGACCGCCGACAAACGAAUAGAACAAAUCGCCGUGAAAGAACCCAAAACCAAUGGCCGGUUGUGGCCGUCGUCGGCUCCGGCAUUGGUGUGCCGGGCCUUCGCCUCCUCCUCGUCGACACAAUCGGUUUCAUGGCUGACUUGCCGCGGGACUUGAUUGCUGCCUUCAGGGCCACUCUCAUGGAGUGUCUGGAUGCAGACUUCAUUCUUCACGUGAUUGACGUGAGCCAGCCGGGCUGGCAGGUCUUCUCCAGUUAUAUCGACCAAGUCCUCCGUGAUGCAGGUGUGCAUUCAGCCACCACCGCUGACCAACCGCCGCGACCCGUCUCUCAGGGCGACGAAACGGCGGGACCCCAGCCCUGGCAACCCGUUCUAUUACGGCAUGUUAUAGUAGUUUAUAAUGAAGAAUAUCCGUUAGGUGGCAUCAACCUCACUCUCUCUCUCUUCCCUCUUCCGGUGCUUGUCUAUGCUCUCCUAUCUGUUCAUCAGAAGUCUCCUGUUUCCGAAAUCAUUAACCUGGGUGCCGAUUCGCCCGAAUUUCCUCUCCUGCCUCCGGUGAAACUAGACGCCCAAAUAUCUUGCACCACGGGCUCCGGUCUGGAUCACCUCUGUCACCUCAUCCAGUCCAACUUGAUUUCUACCUUCGGUUGGAGGCGGAAACGCAUCCGUAUGCGACAGGGGAGCCAGACCCUUGAUUGGCUAUACGAAAAUUCCAUGGUGAUGAGUGUAGAAGCGGUUGCCGGGGACCCCGAGAAACUGGAAUGUGAAGUCCUCUUCAAUCGCAUUUCUUGGCGUCUCUUUCAGUCAAAAUUUACCUCGCGCCCAUCCCCAACUGUCUGA